AUGGGUUCCUCGAGCAAUGUUAACUGUACUAGUUCUCCUCUUGGAGAUAAGUACCCAUACCCGACGGAGUUUCAUGUUUUGGACUUUGUCCCCAAAUUGUCGUCUGAAGAAAACUACAAGAAUUGGAAGAAAUUGAUGAAGGACUUCAUUAAUAGACGAGGUUUGAUCGGUUUCAUCGAUGGCACGUCUACAGCGGAGGAAAGCAACCAAGAUGAUUAUAUGGCUUGGAAAAGAUUAGACAAUCUUGUACAAGGAUGGAUGCUGACAACCCUCAGCGAAGAGAUCCGCCUACAAGUGCUCAGCGAAGAGACUCGCCUACGAGUGCCGUCCUUCAAAUUCAAAACUGCCAAGGAGUUGUGGAAGGGAUUGAAGAGAAUAUUAGAUGUGACCAGAUCAGUACUACCGGAACAGGAAAGAUUAAUGAGUUUGACAAUCAUAAAUAGCAAAAUUGAGGACAUGGAAGUUUGA